AGAUCCUGAUCCCUCCUCAUGCUCACGGAAUCAAACUUCAACUCCAUGUUCGUGACUAGGAUUCAGACCAGAGCUGUAUAGAUCCGGAGACAAGCAACCCCCCCACACACCCCAAAAAAGUGGCUCUUUAGGGGGCCGAAAGCGGCGCCAUUCAGUGUCACACCUGCAGACUGCUCUGCUGCCUCACAGAUAUGCUGCACCGCUGGAGGUAGCACCGUGAGUCAUCCGUGCGCAGUGACAAAAGAAAGACAAAGCUCGCUUUAAAUGUCAGCAAAUCAAAGUCUCAUCAACACAAGCAAGGUCACCUUGUGUCGGAUCUAACGGAGAGCCGGGACUCGGGUCUAUUGUUUCUUCUUCGUCUUGUUUGAGUGGAAGAGCGCGGCAGGCUCUCGUCCAGGAUUCAGUUUAGUCACAAAAAAUUUUUCUUUUUCUUUUUUGUUUUUUGGACUGUACCUGUUCACCUGGACACACAUAGACGCGCCCAGAGACAGCUUUGGGAGGGGAAUAAAGGAGAAAAAAAAAGUGACCAGGCUUUUUGAGGUGAGGACUUUGGCACAGGGUCUCGGGAGUGAUGGCGGCGUCUGCACCCUCCUCUUCUGGCGGCGAUCCGGAUCCCAACUCGACAAAUUUACGGCCACCGGGCUCAAGUUAUGAUGCUUGGUGUGGAGUUGCGCAUGGCUGUACUAGAAAAUUGGGGAUGAAAAUAUGUGGAUUCCUGCAGAAGAACAACAAUCUGGAGGAGAGGAGCAGGAUUGUGAGUUCCUUCAAGGAGCGCACAGCCAGGAACCUGCUGUCCUGCGAUAACAGCGGCGGAGAGGCGCGUUUCAGGCGAACAGAGUCCGACUUCUCCAAUCUGUACGCCAGAGAGCUGCUACCUGCCAAAAAUGGAGAGGAGCCAACCAUGCAGUUCUUGCUGGAGGUCGUGGAAAUCCUCACCAGCUACAUCCGGAAGACCUUUGACAGGUCUACCAAGGUCCUGGACUUCCACCAUCCCCACCAGCUGCUGGAGGGCAUUGAGGGCUUCAACCUGGAGCUCUCUGACCAGCCUGAGUCUCUGGAGCAGAUCCUAGUGGAUUGCAGAGACACGCUGAAAUAUGGAGUGAGAACAGGUCACCCCAGGUUCUUUAACCAGCUCUCCACCGGAUUAGAUAUUGUGGGGUUGGCAGGAGAGUGGCUUACAUCUACAGCCAACACUAAUAUGUGAGUACUGCAAUACAGCCGGGAUCAGCGCAAUAAAAAUGUGAUGUUUUUGAAGUUAUUAGGUUCAUUAGAUUCAGCCUAUUUUAACGCUCUUUUUUUGUACUCACUGUUUUUAAUGGCCCAUGAAGAGAGAGGCUCCCAGUAAGAGGAAUACUUCAAGGGACAUACAGUAAUUACUGUGUUUGGCAGAGGAAUGCCCAGCAUGCUCUAAUAGAUUGUCAGUCAAGCAAGAAAAUAAAGAGCACAAAAGAAGACAUUCAGAUGGCUACUCACUGGCAGUAUUGUCGAUGUUGUCCUGCGCUUAGGCUGUGGUCACAUAAUUCAGCCCUGCAGGCAAACUAAAUUGCAUAUUGAUUUGCAUUCACAGUUUACAUGUUGUCUUUGUUCCAUGUGCUGCUGGUUCCUGUGACAUAACAAUGCCGGGAGAGAAAAAUGAGUCUUUUCCCUUCACAGGAUCGGUACAGCAGCCAUUAUUGGGGCUCUGCUCAGUUUUGCUGUAGUGCAAUCAAUCCUGAAUGUGAGUUUUAAAUGACUCUUUGUCAGAGAAGACUGUGCAGGUGGGCGCAGUCAGGGCUGUAGUCUGUGGACAUGUUGGACUGCAUUACGUCAUACUUUAUAGACUGAGAAGAAUGAGUGGUGUUUUGCCACCUAAUGCGUUCAAAGGGGAAGGAACAAAACAUACAUAGCAAUAGUGCUGCAUUUGCAUGCAUCAGUGUAAAAUAAAAAAGAUGAGCGAUUAGUUUUGUUGGUAAUUUCUGCAAAAUCUAGCCGAUGAAUAAAAUAACAGGUGGAAAUACUUAAACAUUGCAGGUUUGUUUAUCAGAGCUGGAAGGUCUGAGGGAUGUCUGAUCAAAUCAGUAUUGUACAUUGUACCACUGUAACAGGGCGAGUUGUAUCACUGAGCACCCCAUCAAACAGGACUCACAAAUCAGUGUCACACUGAAAAUGUUACCAAGCUUAGUGAAUAUGUUCAUAUAGAGCACGGUUAGAUUUCUGUCCACAAAUGAAGUUAUGCAAGAAAACAAAUUUUUAUAAAGCAAACAUUACAAAUUUCUCAGUCCCAUUCCAGAUAUUUAUAUUUACUGACAUCUUCAAUACAGUCAACGUUAAUGGAUACAUGUCAGUGCACCUGUUUGAUCUGUAGUCAAAUAUCAUUUAUUUAUAUAGGAGAAAAAGGACACCUUUAUUAUUCCUAAGGGGGAAUUUAUU